GCCCCUAACCUCUUUUUUAUAACCUAAAAUUCUUAUAUAAAUAAGCACAGUUUUUGUGUUUUUUAUUUUAUACAACACUACAAUAAGAAUAAAAUAAUAGAAUGUCGUCACACGUGGAGCAAACGGCCAAAGAUUUUAGUAAAUUUCUAACAAUCGACAUGGACGAAAGGCUCAAACCAAUCAACAAAUCAAUAGACGAUAUGCUUGCACGUUUGGAAGAAUUUCAAACAAUGAUUUCUUUCGCUAAACAAGAAAGAAUAAACGCCACGGAAUUAGUCUCUUCAAUACAGAGCAGUAAUGAGAGCCUCAAUUAUUUAUUUAAGAGAAUUGAUUCAGUUGAGAAACUAAUACAAGAAGUAAAGAGCACUGUGGAUAAUUUAGAGACAGAUGUGGAAAAAGCAGAGGAGGAAGUGGGAAUUACAGAGAGCAAAACCAGGAAGGUGGCAAAUAUCUUUACACCACUUUUUAAAAAGAGUCCAGGGAAAACACAAGCUGCAAAUUCUUCCCAAAUCUUUAAAAAUUCAGACCAUUUCAAUUGAUUGAAAAUUUAUUAUUAUAAGCUUACAAGGAGAACACUUUAAAACAUACUGUGAUACUAUUAAUAAAUAAACAUUUUGUCACUUGA